AUGUUGUCUUCCCUCCCCUUCACCCCUCACCCCAAAGCGACCCUGUCCUCCGGGGCGGCGGAGGUUAAGCCGUCCUCCAACCCUGUCCUCGUGGGCCAGACGCUGGUGCUUGCGGUGUCCCCGGCCACCGUGGUCACCAGCGGGAGCUGGUCCCUGGGCACCGCGGUCAUCCUCAACUGGCUGGGCUCUCAGGCCGCUGUGUUCCCCAGCUACACCGGCAGAGCCUCGGUGGACACGGCCACCAACACCCUGACACUCCGCUCCGUCACGCUGGCCGACGCGGGUGUCUACACCGUGAAGAGCACCGACUCGGCGCUGACCGCUAGCAUCACCAUCACUGUACUGGAGGCCAUCUCCAAUGUUGAACUGAAGACCAAUGAUACUGUUUUCGUGGAGUUCCGAGACUCUGCAGUUUUCACCUGCUCGGCCAAGGGCUCCUCCCCCUCCUUCCUCUGGAUGAACGGCAGCUCGGUGGUCACCGUGGGCAACUGGGUACAGAUCGGCGCCGGAGGCUCCACCCUGACCAUCCUCAACAUGACCCGCUACGAUCAGGGGCCGCUCAUGUGCAAUGUGUCCAACGCCGUCAGCAGUGAAAUCAGCCAAUCGCUGAACCUCACUAUCUACUAUGGUCCGGACCACAUGGAGCUCAGAUGCAAUGGGCAGAACAUCAGCGACUUUCUCUUGGGAAGUGACCUGAACGUGUCCUGCUCAGCACAGUCUAACCCCCGCGCCCAGCUCCAGUGGGCCUUCCAGGGAGACCGCCUUACUACCACCGGCCCAGACUUGAAGCUCUACAGCGUCAGUGAGAAGGACAGCGGGCUGUACUCCUGUCUGGCCUACAACAACGUCACCCAAUUGUACAGCAACAUCACCAAGUCCAUCAACAUAGCAUCAGGAUCAGAGCAGCGUGGAGUGACUGUGUGGCUCCUGCCCUUCCUGUCUAUGUCUGCCUUCCUAUCAACGUUUUCAGGCAAGUCCUAUGCAAACUAA